UGGUUAUCGUCUGCGCAUUGAUUUGUGAAUCAUCUGUUUUUGUUUCUCCCCGUUUUCGUCGCUUUGUUCAAGUGACUAAUUACAGUGGUUUUCAAAUUACGCAGUGAAUUGAUUUUCUCUUUAUCGUUUUCUAUAUGAUACAAGGAAUGUGCAAGCUAAAUAAUAUUUUAAAUCACCGUCAAUCAGAAAAUCCAAAGCAACAAACAUUUGAAAAUUUCUUCUGGCCCAGCAAAAUUGUGUACUUACGAACAUUUCCGGCACGAGUACAAAUUCUCCAUACAUAUAAUGUCACAAAUUCGCCCACUGGCACCCGAGCUGGCUGCGGUCGCGCGCACCGAACUCAAUGAAGUCGAAACAGAUAUUGCCAGCAAAAUUAUAGAGCUGCGCCGGUGGAUUGAAGAACAGCCAUAUUUGACGGCGCGGACCGAUGAUCAAUUCCUUGUGGGCUUCCUGCGUUUCUGCAAAUACAAUAUGGAUGACGCGAAGAAACGUAUCGACUACUAUUACACAUACAAAACAACAGCUGGCGAUUUACUUAAGUCUCGACGCAUUGACGAUAAAGUAUUUGGCAUUUGCCGUGCGGGCAUAUUCGCCACACUACCCAAACCAGUCGGUCCAGGCGGUCCGCGCAUACAUUUCACACGUAUGGGUCUAAUUGAUACCUCCCUCUAUACGGCCAAAGAUAUCUUCCGUUUCAUAAUGUUUCGUUCUGAAAUUGAGGCCAACACCGAUGAUAAUUGGAUUAUUAGUGGUGUGCUUGAAAUAAUCGAUUUUUCGAAAAUUCCGUAUGCAUUGUUGCGUCAAUUCGAAGCGAAUUUAUUCAAAAAGAUGGCCGCAUUCUUAGAAUAUGGCGUACCCACCAAUCUGGUGGGCACACACAUCGUAAAUGCUUCCAUGGAUGCCCAAAUCAUAUUGAAUUUGGUGCGUCUGGUUAUGAAACAAAGAGAAUUGCUCCACAUACACUCUACGCUGGAGUCACUGCAGAAGGCCAUUGGCAAGGAGUAUCUGCCCGUCGAAUAUGGUGGUAAUAAUGGCACCUACGAAGAAGCCAUGGCAAAUUUCGAACAACAGCUCAACGAUUUUAGCGAUUAUUUCGAUGAGGAUGAAAAGUAUGGCGUCGAUGAGACAUUGCGACAAGUUGAGCCAACAGUUGGUCCGGCUGCUAAUAAGACGCCGCCCACACCAGUCUCGCCGCCAUCGCCUAAAUGUGUGAGUGUACCUGAAGAGUCUUUUCGUAAAUUAAAUAUUGAUUAAAUUAAAGCAAAAGUUAUAAAACGAAACAAACUAACUAAUAAAAGAAAAAUUAAUUAUAAAAAUAAAAAAAAUAAAAUGAAAAAAGCGAAAGUAUAAAUUUCAAACAUAAUGUGAAAUAAUCCACAACAAAAUUAUUAAAGCUGCAUGAACAGCAACGUAAAUAACUUUGAAGCAUUUUGCGUUUUUUGUGCGUUUGUUAAAAAGUGCAAAAGAAAAUUACAAAAGUAUAAACUAAAAUUGAACAAACUAAAAAGCAACAGUUCGUAAAUAAUUUACUGCGUAAAUAGUAAAAAAUAAAAUGUUUUAAACGAGAAUAUGCAAUUUAUUUAGCGACGUGUUAUAUUUACAACUAAGUUUUCAUACACGAAGGCAACAAACAACAUAUUGGCACAGCCAACACGAGCGAUAAGUUAACAGUAAUAAAAAUAUGAAAGUAACGGUACAUAGAGCUAAAAGCAGCGGAACAAAUGCAACUAUCGCAACUAUUUACUUGAAUGUUGGCGUCGUAUUCACAUGAAAGUUGUAGUAUAUAGUAUAUAUAUAAAGAAAUAUGUAUACUAUAUAUACAUACAUAAUACAUAGAGAGAAGCUAUAUAUUAUAUACUGCAUAUAUAAGCAUAUAAACUAAUUUUUAAAAGCUUCAUUUAUAUUAAACAAAGUUAUUUUUGGGAAAGAUUUUUCAUGGAUGUAUAUAUUUAAAAGCGAAGCUAUAUAUGUAUAUGGUGUAUGUUUUUUUGGAAAUGGUAAAUAACGAGAGAAAUUAAAAAAUUUGAACAAAACGAAACUAUAUUAAUACAAAUACAGAUAACAUAAACAUAUUAUGUACACAAAAAAUUAAAAAAAAGGAAAUGUGAACGUGUGCAUUGUAAAUCACUCAUUUUAGAUAUAUAGUUAUUAUAUACAUAUAUAUAUUGUGGUGUGUUUAUCAUUACCAUUUUAAGUAAAACUAAAAAAACUAAUUAACAAUUUAAAUAUUAAUUGUAUGCAAAUACGCCAAUUCCAUUUUUUGUGUGAAAAUUAUCUUAAACCACUAGGCAUUUAAUUGUUAAACGUGUUCGAAAUAUUGCCUAUAUAUAUAAACUUACAAAACCGUUGAGAUUUUUAACUAAGUUAAAUAUUUUUCCCUUUGAGAUUUUGGUACAAUUGUCCGAGUGUUUUUUUAUUUGGACCAAAUUGGUUUUGGUUUUCAUGUUUUUCGUAUAAACAAACUCAUUUAUUCUGCAUAGCAUAUACAUACAUACGUACAUGUGAUUUUUGAUAUUCUGUGAAAGAAAAUUCAACUAAAAAAAAUUUAAUUUAAAUUUAUUGUUUAACAAAAAUAUGCAAAUUACGAGUAAAAAGAAAAUUAAUAAGUACGAAAUACUUUAAAAAUUAACCAAAACAUAAAAUUAAUUUAAAUUAAAAUUAAUUUAAAAAAGUUUAAUGGGUUACAUUUAUUUUGAAUUUUUUUUGCAAGCAAAAAAAUGCCAUUUUCGUGUAAAAAGAAAUUUAUUAAGUGCAAAAAACUUAACACUUUUGCUGUAUUUAAAAAUGAGUUUAUUAAAAUUUAUUUGUGGCUUUUUUGCUAUUUUUUGACUGUCAAAUAUCUUCAAUUUUUCCAAAAUAAUUUUUAAGAACGCUUUCGAUGUAUUUAACAAUUUUUUUGAUUAUAGCAUAAUAUUGAACUUUUACAAUAUUUAUAAUCGUUGAGUUAAAACACUUUAACCAGUAAUAAUAUUUAAAAAUAUACAUAUAUAUUUUAAAUUUCAUAUAUUUGACAUAUUAACAGUUUUAAAACAUUUACAUUACAAAUAUACUUAUAUAACAUGUAAAUUAAUAGUUAAUUUCAUUAAGAGUGGUACUCGUAAUUGCAAAUUUAAGUACGGUUUACGGGCCUGAACCAUAUUCGAACAUAUAAAAUUAUAUUUUUUUACCCCUUAUACUAUGAAUCACAACUUAUCAUUAUUCGAAUAGCUUCUGGAAAUAAUGUAGCUCUUUUGUUUUAAUCUGUACACACAACCAUUCUUAAAUUGCGUGUGGUACAUACAUACAUACAUAAAAACAUAUAUACACAUAAUA